CACUGGCAUCAGGUAGAGGUGUACUAGUAUUUACUCCUGGGAGGGUUGUUCCAAGGUGAUCAUGUGGGGUGUAUUUGAGAUUAGAUCCAGGAUGGCAGGGAGGCAUGAUCACCAUAAUCUGAGGGAGGAAACAAAAAGUCCCAGUGGAGUUUCCUGAGGUGGAGAAAGUAAGAGCUGAGGCAGCACUAACAGUGAUGAAGAGACAGAGAUCCUGGGGGGACAGUAAGCCCCUGGAAAGCACCACAGAGGACAACACAGACAGCAGUGAACAGGAUGAGUCCUCGUCUCUGAGGUCGUCUUGGUCCCUGGCGGACACCAUGAACUACGUGGGCCAGCUGGCAGGUCAGGUGCUGGUAACCGUCAAAGAACUGUAUAAGGGCAUUAAUCAGGCCACGCUGUCGGGCUGCAUCGAUGUUGUGGUUGUCCGCCAGAGAGAUGGCACUUACCAGUGCUCACCAUUCCACGUGCGCUUCGGCAAGCUGGGUGUACUGCGCUCUAAAGAGAAAGUGAUCGACAUUGAAGUGAAUGGAGAGCCAGUAGACCUGCACAUGAAGCUUGGUGACAAUGGAGAGGCCUUUUUUGUCCAGGAAGCUGAGCUGCAGAAUCAGAUUGUCCCUGCCCACCUGGCCACCUCCCCAAUCCCCACUGAGAGUCACCUGUUCUGGAUCUCGGAGGUUGAGCACAGGGCAGCAAAAGAUCUGGAGGAUGACCCGGCUGACCCAGAGGACCCACCCGAGCCUCCCACUCCGAUCACGGUGGCCACAAAAAAGAAGAAGAGGCGGAGGAAGAAGCACAAAGGAGACCCCCGAAGAGAGGAGCUGACACCGCCCAUGUCGGUCACUGCUGGUAAUGCUAUUGCUGCUAACGCACCUGCUGCUAUGACUGCUGCUAUGUCCAGCGCUGGGCAAAAUGAAGAGAUCUUUGAGAUGGACCUGAGCUCUGACGAGGAAGCUGCAGCACUUGUCUCAAGGUCACCCUCAGUGACCACAAUGAGAGAUAUUGACCCCAAAUUACCGGCAGCCAGGCACAACCUUGAUGGUUAUCCGCUGUCUGACGGGGACUGGCCAGCAGACGACAGUCAUGGUUUGUCUCAGGCCUUUUCCCCAAAGAGUGAUUCUGAACUGGUGGUCCGGCCCUCAGAGAGUAUGCUCAGAGCCGAGUCCCACAUGCAGUGGACCUGGGGAGAGUUUCCGGAAACAACCAGGGUCACCAAAAAAGAGAAGCCAGAGCCACUAAAAACAGUGACCAUCACCCCAUCAGAGAGCACCCACUUCCGCGUCAUCCUAAGCUCUGAGGCCAUGGAGAAUGAGAUUGAUAUUGAAAAGGAAGACGGGGCCUCCUCCUCAGUGUGUACCAUUGUCAAGCCCGAGCCACGCACCCCAAUCACCACUGUAACACCUGUGAAUCCUCUCGCCUCUGUCAGCACCGUAACCUCCAUAAGUCCUGUAACCCCCACCGAGCCCCUGGAUGUCCUGCCGUCCAAUGUGGCAACCUCCACCCCUUCCAACAGCCAGCAGAGCGACUCACCCUCUAAGAAGAAAGGUGUCCCAAAGAGGAGCCAGCAUCAGGGUCCUGAGGAUAUCUACCUAGACGACCUGAAUGUACUUGAACCUGAUGUUGCUGCACGAUAUUUUCCUAAGAGUGAGUCUGAGGCAGCGACGAAGCACUGGAUGGACUCAGAGAUGCGCUCUGGUUCACAGUCUCCACAGUCUGUGGGCAGCGCAGCAGCUGACAGCGGGACAGAGUGUCUGUCUGACUCAGCGAGUGACCUCCCUGACGUAACUCUUUCUCUGUGUGGAGGCCUCACAGAAAACGCUGAAAUAUCCAAAGAAAGGUUCAUGGAGCAUAUCAUCACCUAUCAUGAAUUUGCUGAAAACCCAGCAAUUAUAGAUAACCCCAACCUAGUAGUAAAGAUAGGAAAUAGAUAUUAUAAUUGGACACUGGCUGCACCCUUGAUUCUAAGUCUACAAGCAUUUCAGAAGAAUUUGCCAAAGGCUACAGAAGAGGCCUGGAUGAAGGAAAAAAUGCCAAAGAAGUCAGGCCGCUGGUGGUUCUGGCGAAAAAGGGCGGAUAGUACAAUCAAACAGUCGGAGACCAAGCUUGAAACUAAGGAAGACUCUCAUCUGGAGGAGGAAGGACCCUCCGUAUCUCAGGAGAAACUGUCCUUGCCGCCAAAAGCAGGAGACUCAUCCAGUGAUGAAGAGGCCAAGGAGGUGAGCGCUGCAUCCUGUCAGGAGAGACUGCAGCCAGUAGAUGGCCAGCACCACCCCAGCCCACACACUUACAGGAAGUCACUACGCCUCUCCUCUGAUCAGAUAGCCAGUCUGAAACUGAAGGAGGGACCUAAUGAUGUGACGUUCAGCAUCACCACCCAAUACCAGGGCACAUGCCGCUGUGAGGGCACCAUCUACCUGUGGAACUGGGAUGACAAAGUCAUUAUCUCUGACAUUGAUGGCACCAUUACCAAGUCAGAUGUGUUUGGACAAAUCCUGCCACAGUUGGGGAAGGACUGGACCCACCAGGGCAUUGCCAAGCUGUACCAUUCAGUAGCUGAGAACGGCUACAAAUUCUUAUACUGCUCAGCACGUGCUAUCGGCAUGGCGGACAUGACAAGAGGUUACCUGCAGUGGGUCAAUGACGGAGGCACCAUUCUACCCCGGGGACCUCUCAUGCUGUCUCCUAGCAGCCUUUUCUCUGCCUUCCACAGGGAGGUUAUUGAGAAGAAGCCAGAGAUCUUCAAGAUUGAAUGCCUUACAGAUAUCAAGAACCUGUUCCAGCAUAACAAGCAGCCAUUCUACGCCGCCUUUGGGAAUAGAACUAAUGAUGUGUUUGCCUAUAAGGAGGUGGGAGUUCCAGUGUGUAGGAUCUUCACAGUCAACCCCAAGGGAGAGCUGAUCCAGGAGCAGACCAAGGGAAACAAGUCCUCUUACGGCAGGCUUAGUGAGCUGGUGGAGCAUGUGUUCCCUCUGUUGAGUAAGGAGCAGAACGAGGCCUUUGUCAUGCCGGAGUACAGCUCUUUCUGUUACUGGAGACAGCCCAUACCAGUCAUCAACCCCGACGAACUGCUCUGAUCUUGCACACAUGGAUACCCAGGUACAUGCAAUUGGACUGUGCACUCGAAUGCAUCUCCAGGAAACACAUGGACUGAAACCCAAACUUUCCUGUAUAGUACUCCCUGCACACACACAACUCUACAAUGAGUGUAACACAGUCACAGGGUUAUGGCCACAAACAUAAAAAAUCUCUUAAACUGUAAUUAGCCGUUAGAUAUGAGAGGAAGGUAUCUCCAGAACAGUAAAUCCUGGUGAAUAAUCCCUGAAAGUUUCCAUCCCUGAGAGUCAAGAGACUAAUCACCAACUAAAUUAUCAUGUUUCCUCAUGCCUGUGAAGGCAUCGUAAGGCAGUGAGCACUCUUUAGUCCCCAUCACUGAACAGGGAUAAAGAUCUGAGACCGAUCUUUUCUCUCUGUAACGUCUAGCAAACAGGAUGAUCUGCAUUUGCCAUCAGGGAAGCGACUGAAGCCCCACACGUGGAUUUAGCCCUCAGCACCAGAGUCUGAGCUGCGCAGAAGGAAAAGACAUUGUUUUCUUGAGUCACGUUUUUCACAUUUUCUGAAACCCCGAAGAAGCCGGAUAAAAUGUUCAAAGCAAAAAAAGACACACUGUUUCUGAACAGGAUAGGGACUUAAGACUGGCCACUAGUCAUGUGCAGGUAAUAUUUUGCUGUUGCUGCUGUGUUUGCCGACACGCAGGUAUCCAGUGGAGGCUUUAUUCUGUAAAGUAAAGUAAUAUAGUGGUAGUGACUGGCAAAUAAUUACUACACCACCUGCGAAUCAUAUACUGUAGCUAGUUUCCAGACAGCUAUUCCAGGUUUGUUCCUUACUCUCUCGGCUCUGGAUCAACUGCAGUCAUCAGUUCACCAUUGGCGGAGUAGAUUUCAGAUUGCCACCUUUUCCCCGGAGAGUUUGAACUGAAUGAGUCAUGUUUGGUACUGUUAAUAUUAAAGGUCAUACAGUUAGAUGUGACUUAAAAAAAAGAAAAUCCAGCAGCUUCAUGGUAUAUUGUCUUGCUGUUAUUUUAAUGUGGUUUUUGUUAUCCAAGCUCUGGCGAAUCAACUGUGUUUCGUUAACGUUGCAGUCAUUAUUUAUGAUAAUUGAUAUGUUUAAGUUAUUGAUUUCUAUCGUGAUGCCUUUGCUUGUCUGAAAAAGUAAUUUAUCACCAAUGCAAGAGGAAAUUGGUAUUUUGUAUGGUCGGUUGCAGGUUAACAUGCACUUAACAGUCACUGCUAGGCCUUGUGCGAUCUUUUUCUGGUCUCGUGUCCCAUUUUCACGAUCUGUAUUCCUUGUUUUACAGUGAAACUUUCAACACGUAAGAUACAUACACAGUACUUAGCAAACCUCAGAAUCUGCAGCUUUAGUAUUAAAAUAUGUGAGUAAAUGUAAAGGAUAAGGCUUGAGUUAGAACAGUGGAAAUAAGCAGAUCUGGAGAGAGCUUAAAAUGAAGGAUUUUCCAUUUGCAAGGGCCUCAGUAGGCUGACUGUCGGAUGGGUGUGUGUGUGUGUGUGCAUAUGUAUGUGUAUGUGCACGCGUGUGUGCAUGCAUACCUUAUCACUGAGUGCUGCUGCUGUCGGGGGUGGCAGAAUCACUCACCUUUUGCAUACGUUCCCUCAGUGGCUUUACCGACACUUAUCCAACGCACUUUGUCUAAGCUGCACCCAGAGACGCAACUCAGAACACCUCUCGCCCACAUGCACUUCACUGAAGGUCUUCAUAGGCAAUAGACCAGAGUAUGCAAUUGAUGAAGAGUUCUAGGGUAACCUCUUUGUUCUGUGAGUGACCCUCUGGCACCACAGACAAAUCAGCUUCUGAUAUAUGUCAAUGUAAGUAAUUGUUGAUGAGGCAAAAUGUGGGGUUUAAUGAGAAAAUAAUGUUUAUUUUGGGUUAUGAGUGCUGAACAGAGCUAGCCCUUAGCCUUUGCGUGCGUGCAAGAGUGUAUGUGCGUGUGUGUGUGCGUGUGAUUGCGCGUGUGUGUUAUACAGAGAAAGGACUGAUCCUGAAGAGCCACUGGGUCUUAAUUGGAGAUAAACAGGAAAUACUUGACUGUGUACAGGAAGCUUUUUGAAGCACUUCACUGGCAUAUUGUGUGUGUGUGUGUGUGUGUGUGUGUGUGUGUGCGCAGAUGUGCCACUCGACUGACAUGGAUCAUACCUCCAGCACAGGUGUAACAGUAACGUGCAAAUAUGUGCUAGCGAGGAUUAAAAAUCAGAAAGGAGUCGGAGCGAGACUUGACAGACAAAACCAUUUAAUGGGAAAAACAAAGCACAAUAUGCGAUGAUGGCUACAUCCAUUAGUCAACAUCAUUUCGCUGAAGUGUUAAUGCAUUCACUCUGUAGCUCAUAUGUUUUUGUGAUGAAUAUGCGUGUUCUGCUUUGAUUUGUUUGCUCGUUCUCUACAACGUUUGGUGAAGUCAAAUAGAUUUAUCUUAUGAUUAACAAAAUGAAUUCCAUUCUUUCUAUGAAAGUGAAGCAUCUUGUGUGGAAGAAUCACACUUCAUCCUCUAUGAUCCUGGGACACGUGGUGUAUAAUAUUGUUUGUUCUCACUCAACUGCUGUUGAAAGUGAUCCAGUAUAUAUGCUGAUCAUCACAUUCUUCUGUCUCUGAUGCCUUUUGUUUUAUUACUUCUUAAAAAGUGUAUGAUCUGUUGUGGGACUGUGUUUGUUUCGUUCUGUUUGGACGUUAUGCUUGCUAUUUUGAUUGUCUGACCAACAGAAAUCCCUAAGUGUAUGCUGUGUUUGAUUUGUAUAGAAAUGUGGUUUAAAGUAUGUUUAAAGAACAAAAUACAUUGUAAGAAGAAAGAAAAUACAGGCCUAAUGAAGCUAACAAAGUGUGGCUUGUGGUCAUAUUUGUAUUUAAUAAAGUUUCUAACUGAA